AUGGAUGAUGAUUUUGUUAGAGCUUUAAAUAAAUUUAAUGCAAAAUUUUGUUUUAAUAAUAAAAAGAAUUCAAUUAAGGAAAUUAAUGAAAUAAAAAGGAAAAAUGAUAAAAUAAGAGCAGUGAGACCGAAUAAGUUAAAAGAAGAUUUAGAGUUACAUUAUAUUCACAAUUCUAAUAAUAAAAUUUGUCAGAAAUUUCUGACUCUUCCCCUUAGUAAAAAAUGUGAUAAAUUAAAUAAGCAUUCCGAUAAAGUGAUAUUACCUGUGUCUAUAUUAAAAACUUUAGAAAAAGGAAGUUAUAGUAAUGAAGUAGAGCAUCCCUAUACAUUUAGUAUAAAAAAUUUACAAAAUAAUUAUAUAACACAUGCCUGCGUUUUAGAGUUUAGUUCAAAUGAGGGAAUUGUUUUAGUUUCAGAAAAUAUAAAAGAAAAUUUAGGAAUAACGGAAACUAAUGGAAUCAUUAGAUUAUUAGUAACAUAUGCAAAUUUACCUAAAUGUGAUUUUAUAAAAUUUGAAUCACUGAAUGAAAAUGCAAGAGAUAUUAAAUUUAUGAAAAACUUAUUAGAAAAUGAAUUAAGUUUAAAUUAUAGUACAUUGUCAUUAGGUGAUUAUGUUCAUAUUAAUCAUUUAAAUUUUUAUAUAAGUGAAUUAGAACCAGAUAAUGCUGUAUCUUUAAUAAAUACUGAUAUUAAUGUUGAUAUAUGUGAACUAAAAAAUUUUAAUGAACAAAACAUUUCAAAUGAUAAUAAUAAUUAUCCAUACGAAGUAAUAACUACUGAUACAACAGUUAAUAACACUAUUAAAAAUGGAAUGAGAAAAUAUAAAUAUGCAAUUAAUUACAAUAUAUUGGAAUUACUAAAAAAAGACAAAGUUAAUAUAAAAAUUUCCUUAAAUUCCGAUAAAUUGAGUGAUUUUAUUAUUUUGCUUUCAUUUCCACCUUAUGAUCAAGUAUCUGAAAUAAAUCAUCACUUAUAUUUUGAUGAUUCUAUUAAUGAAAUUAAAAUAAAUAAAAGUAUUAUUAAAAAAUGUUUAAAAAUGCAUUUUACUUCCUUUUUAAAGGAAGAUGACGAUAAGUUUUUAGAACAUAUAUUUGAUCAAUUUUUUCCUCAUAUAAUAUAUAUAGCUAUUUCUUCUACUAAUGAAUCAGAAUUACAAUAUAAUUUAUCUUUAAAAUUAGAUUAUGAUAUAUCAGUUAAAGAAGAGAUAGAUAAUAAUAAUAAUAAUAAUAAUAAUAAUAAUAAUACUGAUGAAACUAAUGAUAUAACAUGUAAUAAAGAUAGUUUAAAUGAAUUGAAGGAAAAAUGCAUGAGCAAUAAUAUAUAUAUUAAAUGUGAUAAUUGCUUAAAAGAAAUUCUAGAAAGCAAUAUGAAUAUUCAUAAAAUUCAUUGUUUAAAAAAUAUUUCCUUAUGUAAUAUUUGUAAAAAAAUUUUAAAAAAAAAAGAAAUUUUUGAACAUAUUCAUUGUGAUAUAUGUAAUGAGGGAAUAAGUGUGGCUAAUCAAAAUAGGCAUAAUUUUAUUUGGCAUACCAAAAUAAAAUGUUUGUGUGAGAAAUAUUUUUAUAGGAAACAAUUUAUUUUUCAUCAAAAAUUAUUUUGUCCUAAAAAAAUUAUAUACUGUUUAUAUUGUAAUAUAUUUACUGCAUCUUCAAUGAAUAUUUAUAAUGAAGAUUACAUUAUUGCAUCCUUUUUUGAUAAAUUUGAUAAUAAUUUUUCUGUUAAAUCAAUUGACUAUUAUUUUCAACUAAUUUGUAAAAAUUUUAAUUAUUUCUUAAAAUAUAUAAACAACACAGAGCAUGAAAAAUACUGUGGAUCAAAAUCAGUUAGUUGCAUAAUUUGCAAACAUAAUAUGUAUAGAAAUGAAUAUAUGCCUCAUUUGAAUAUAAUUCAUAAUAUUGAUAAAAUAAAAUCCUUUAAAAUUAUAAAUGAGAACUUAGAUGUUAAUGAAGCUAUUAGUGAAUCCGCAACUUGA